AUGCCUCCCACCGCUUCGCCCGCCGGCUCCCAGCAGGGUAGGAACAAUGCCGAGCCGCUGGAGUUCAGCAAGGCGCCGUUCAACGAGCUGAACGCCCCGCGCAAGAUCCGCAGCGUGCGCUUCUCGCUGAUGUCCCCGCAGGAGAUUGGAAAGUGCGGUGUGUUCCACGUGUUCGAGCGCAACCUGUAUCAGAUGCCCCAGAGGGUCCCGCUCAAGAACGGCAUCCUGGAUCCGCGCAUGGGGACCACGGAUAAGAAAGGAACGGAGUGCGCGACGUGCAAGGGCAAGCUCAUCGACUGCGCCGGGCACUUCGGCUACGUCAAGCUCGAGUUGCCCGUCUUUCACAUCGGCUACUUCAAGAACAUAAUCGCCAUCCUCCAGCAGGUGUGCAAGGAGUGCAGCCGCGUGAUGCUCCCGGAGGAGGAGCGCCAGCAGUACUUGAAGCGCUUUCGUAACCCGCGGCUCGAGAUCGUCCCCAAACGCGCGCUGUCGAAGAAGCUCGCGGACAAGUGCAAGCGAUGCAGGAUCUGCCCCUCCUGCGGCGCGGCAAACGGCGCGGUCAAACGCACGGGCGCCAGCCUAAAGAUCGUGCACGAGAAGUACAGCAAAAACCCGGAGUUGAUGGAGGCGUACGUGAAAGAGUUCGAGGAGGCGGUGAAGCACAACGACCAGCUCAAGGCGAACUUGGCGAGGGUUCAGGACGACCUCAACCCCAUCCGCGUGGAGUCGAUCCUCUCGAAGAUCUCGCCGAUGGACUGCGAGCUGCUGGACGUAGCCGACCGACCGGAGCACCUCAUCCUCACCCACCUGCCGGUCCCGCCCGUGUGUAUCCGCCCCAGCGUGGAGAUGGAAGGACAGGCUGGGAGCAACGAGGACGACAUCACCAUGAAGCUCAUACAGAUCAUCGAGGUGAACAACGUGCUCAGGCAGGGCCUGGAGAAGGGCCUCGCGAUCAACAACCUGAUGGAGAACUGGGAUUUUCUGCAGAUCCAGUGCGCGAUGUACAUCAACUCCGAGCUUCCCGGUCUGUCCGCGCAGUACCAGGGCCCGGGUAAGCCCCUGCGGGGGUUCGUGCAGAGGCUCAAGGGCAAGCAGGGUCGUUUUCGGGGAAACCUAUCCGGAAAAAGAGUCGACUUUAGCGGCCGCACGGUCAUCUCGCCCGAUCCCAACCUGCGCAUCGACGAGGUCGGGGUGCCGAUGCACAUCGCGAAGAUGAUGACCUACCCGGAGGUUGUGUCCAGGCACAACAUCGAGAUGAUCCGCGAGCGCGUUCGCAACGGGAUGAACAAGCACCCCGGGGCUAACUUUGUGCGAUUUAAAUCCGGCGGGACCCAGUACCUCAAGUACGGCGACCGCAGGCGCGUCGCCAGCGAGCUCAAGUACGGCGACGUGGUGGAGAGGCACCUCCACGACGGCGACGUGCUGCUGUUCAACCGCCAGCCCUCGCUGCACAAGAUGUCCAUCAUGGCGCACAGAGCUCGGGUCAUGCCGUGGCGAACUCUUCGUUUCAACGAGUGCGUGUGCACCCCGUACAACGCGGACUUUGACGGCGACGAGAUGAACAUUCACUGCCCGCAGACGGAAGAGGCGAGGGCGGAGGCGAUCAACCUCAUGAGCGUCCACAACAACCUGUGCACGCCCAAGAAUGGCGAGAUUUUGGUCGCCGCGACGCAGGAUUUUCUCACAGCGUCUUACAUCCUCACGGCGCGCGAUCACUUUUUGGAUCGAGCGCAGGUUGGCGCGCUCAUCGCGUACAUGGGCGACGCCCUCAUGGCGGUCGAUCUGCCCACGCCCGCGAUCAUCAAGCCCGUGGAGUUGUGGACGGGGAAACAGCUGUUCAGCGUCUUGAUCCGCCCCAGGGCUGUCGAUAGGGUUUUCGUCAACCUGGAAGUCGCGGAGAAGAACUACAGCAAAAAGGACACGAGGCACAUGUGCCCGCGAGACGGCUACGUGUGCAUACAAAACUCGGAGAUCAUGUGCGGGCAGCUCGGCAAGGCGACGCUGGGCAGCGGUAACAAGAACGGCCUGUUUUACGUCCUCAACAGCGAGUACGGCAGCGAGCAGACGGCGUCGUGCAUGAACAGGGUGGCGAAGCUCUCCGCGAGGUGGCUCGGCACCCGCGGCUUCUCCGUCGGCAUCGACGACGUCACCCCGGGGCACAGGCUGCAGGACGAGAAGGGCAAGGUGGUCGACCGCGGCUACGGCGCCUGCGACGAGCGCAUCGAGGCUUUCAAGCGGGGCACGCUCGCGCUGCAGCCGGGGUGCAACGCCGAGCAAACCCUCGAGGCGGAGGUGCUCGGAAUUCUCUCCACGGUAAGAGAAACCGCCGGGAACGUGUGCCUCGACGAGCUCCCGCGCCACAACGCCCCACUCAUCAUGGCGCUCUGCGGCAGCAAGGGAUCCACCAUCAACAUCUCCCAGAUGGUGGCGUGCGUCGGGCAGCAAGCCGUGGGUGGCACGAGGCCCCCGGACGGAUUCGCGGAGCGUUCGCUGCCGCACUUCAAACGCGGCGAGAAGACCCCGGCGGCGAAGGGUUUCGUCGCAAACUCGUUCUUCAGCGGGAUGCGACCCACCGAGUUCUUCUUCCACACGAUGGCCGGCCGCGAGGGCCUCGUCGACACCGCGGUGAAGACGGCGGAGACUGGGUACAUGUCGCGCAGGCUCAUGAAAGCGCUCGAGGACUUGUCCCUGAGGUACGACGGCACCGUGCGCAACAGCACCGGCGGGAUCGUCCAGCUGUCCUACGGUGACGACGGCAUGGAGCCCACGGAGAUGGAGGGCGCGGACGCUCAGCCCGUGGAGUUUCCGCGGCUCCUGCAGCACGUGAAAGGGCUGGUGCCACGCGCCGGGAGCGGGCUCAGUCAUUCACGGAAAAUCGCGGUCGCGAAGGCUGAGAUGCACACCAGAGCCGCGGCGAUGAACAACGAAGACGGCGCCCACAAGAUCAAGGACGGCAUGAGCGUCAAGUUCAAGCACGACCUCGUCCGCUUCGCCCGUGCCAACCUGGUCCGCGUGGGGAAGCCCGAAGGCCACGGCGUCGGGGUCACCAAAGCCCAGCUCGACGAGUUUUUAGAGCGGUGCGUGCGUAAGUACAGCGCCAAGCGCAUCGAGCCCGGCAGCGCCGUCGGCGCGGUCGGCGCGCAAUCCAUCGGCGAGCCGGGGACGCAGAUGACCCUGAAGACCUUCCACUUCGCGGGCGUCGCGUCCAUGAACGUCACCCUCGGUGUGCCCCGCAUCAAGGAGAUUAUCAACGCGGCGAAGAACAUCUCGACGCCGAUCAUCACGGCGACGCUCGAGUGCGACGACAACGUCAAGGCUGCGCGGGUGGUCAAGGGCCGGGUGGAGAAGACGACCCUCGGGGAGGUGUGCAAGUUCAUCGACGUGGUGUACAACCCGAGCGCGUGCUACGUCGAGGUUUGCCUCGACCCCGCGGUCAUCUCCGCACUGCAGCUGGACGUGACCGUGGAGUCGGUGCGACACUCGCUAAUCACCGCGCCCAAGCUGAAGCUCAAGGCCAACACGGUGCUUCACGCGGGGGAGAACUUGAUUCACGUGCUGCCCCCCGAUGAGGAGUCCAAGAGUAAGGCGGCCGCCGCGCAAGGGGCCGCCGCGUACAGACGCGCGCUCUUCCACUUGCAGACGCUUCGAACCGCGGUUCCCAACGUCAUCGUGCAGGGCAUCCCCAGCGUGUCUCGCGCCGUGAUCAACGACGUGGGCCAAGGGAAGUACAACCUCGUGGUGGAGGGUACCAACCUGCAGGCGGUGAUGGGCGUGGAAGGGGUCAAGGGCACGCACACCACCACGAACCACGUCAUGGAGGCUGAGCGCACUCUGGGCAUCGAGGCGGCUAGGUCCUGCAUCAUAAAGGAGAUCAACGACACGAUGAAAGCGCACGGCAUGUCAAUCGACGCUCGUCACUCCAUGCUCCUGGCGGACGUGAUGACGUACAAGGGGGAGGUACUCGGCAUCACGCGAUUCGGCAUGGCGAAGAUGAAGGACAGCGUCCUCAUGCUCGCGUCGUUCGAGAAGACCACGGACCACCUCUUCGACGCGGCGCUGCACGGCAGGACGGAUACCAUCGACGGCGUGAGCGAGUGCAUAAUCAUGGGUAUACCCAUGCCCGUGGGCACCGGCAUGUUCAAGCUACAGCACCGCGCGAUGAGACUGGAGACGAUGGACGAGGAGGAACGGGAAGAGGAGGACGCCGUCGUCGCGUCCGACGGUAAGGGCGCCGCGAGUUCGGUGGAGAUCACCGAGCUCGAGGAGGCGGCGGCGGGUGCCAACUCCAACGCCGCGGAGCUCGGCGGCGGCGGCGCGGGCCGCGUCGGGGCCAGUCUCACGAUUGAGUCGAAGGAGGAUCUCGUGCUGCCCAAGCGGCCGCCGCUGCUGCUGGCCCGCCUCAUGGAGGAGGAGCGCAAGAUCAUGUGCGGACAGUGCUAA